AUUCCAACCAUUAAGCCUAUCAAAAAGAGGCCAACAUUUCUCUCUUCUCCUCCAAAUGGCUCUCCCUCUAAUACCCAUCUCCCUUCUCAUCGUCAUCUUCCUUGCAUACAAGCUCUACCAACACCUAAGAUUCAAGCUCCCACCAGGCCCUCGUCCAUGGCCAAUCGUUGGAAACCUCUAUGACAUAAAACCAGUGAGGUUCCGAUGCUUUGCAGAGUGGGCUCAAGCCUAUGGUCCCAUCAUAUCAGUCUGGUUCGGCUCAACUUUGAACGUGAUCGUGUCCAACACAGAGUUGGCUAAGGAAGUUCUUAAAGAAAACGACCAACAACUUGCUGAUAGACAUAGAAGCAGGUCGGCUGCUAAGUUUAGCAGAGAUGGCCAGGACCUUAUAUGGGCUGAUUAUGGUCCUCACUAUGUCAAGGUUAGGAAAGUUUGCACCCUUGAGCUUUUCACACCAAAAAGGCUCGAGAGUCUUAGACCCAUUAGAGAAGAUGAGGUUACUGCCAUGGUUGAAUCCAUCUAUAAGGACUGCAACAAUCCUGAGAAUAAUAGUAAGGGUUUGUUGGUAAAGAAGUAUUUGGGUACUGUGGCAUUCAACAACAUUACAAGACUGGCAUUUGGAAAGCGAUUUGUGAAUGCAGAGGGUGUAGUGGAUGAGCAAGGAUUGGAAUUCAAGGCAAUUGUGUCCAAUGGAUUGAAGCUUGGUGCAUCUCUUGCAAUGGCAGAGCACAUUCCAUGGCUUCGUUGGAUGUUUCCACUAGAGGAAGAGGCAUUCGCUAAGCAUGGGGCAAGAAGGGACAAACUCACUAGAGCUAUCAUGGAAGAGCACACUCAAGCUCGCAACAAGAGUGGUGGUGUCAAGCAGCAUUUUGUUGAUGCAUUGCUUACAUUGCAAGAGAAAUAUGACCUUAGUGAAGACACCAUUAUUGGACUUCUUUGGGACAUGAUCACUGCAGGUAUGGACACCACAGCAAUCUCCGUAGAAUGGGGAAUGGCUGAGCUAAUAAAGAACCCAAGGGUGCAACAAAAGGCCCAGGAGGAGCUAGACCGUGUGAUUGGUUUUGAACGUGUCAUGACCGAAGCCGAUUUUUCUAAUCUACCUUACUUACAAUGUGUAGCCAAAGAAGCACUAAGGUUGCACCCUCCUACCCCACUGAUGCUUCCUCACCGAGCCAAUGCUAAUGUUAAAGUUGGUGGCUAUGACAUCCCUAAGGGAUCAAAUGUUCACGUUAAUGUUUGGGCUGUAGCACGCGAUCCAGCAAUGUGGAAGAACCCGACUGAGUUUCGUCCCGAGAGGUUCCUCGAAGAGGAUGUUGACAUGAAGGGUCAUGACUUCCGGCUACUUCCAUUUGGUGCAGGGCGACGAGUGUGCCCUGGUGCACAACUUGGUAUCAAUUUGGUCACGUCUAUGCUUGGUCACUUGUUGCACCAUUUUGUUUGGACACCACCCGAAGGGAUUAAGGCGGAGGAGAUUGACUUGUCUGAAAAUCCUGGAUUGGUCACUUACAUGCGAACUCCAUUACAAGCCAUAGCCUCUCCAAGGUUGCCAUCACACUUGUACAAACGUGUGGCAGCGGACAUGUAAUUUUUAUUUUGUUUGUUAUUAUCCUCCAUAGGUUUUUGAUUAUGAGCUUGUGAUGAAAUUGUAAUUCUGAUGAGAUUGUGAAAUGCUUAAAUGAUUUAAUUGGGAAAAGUAACAAGAGCAAAUCAAAUAAAGAAACAUUGUGGUUUACAAAA